CCGCGCUUAUCGGUCCACAAAGCCCAGCGUUCGCCCUACUUAAAGCUCGGACCAUUCCCUCAAUCCCUCCCAAGCAGCCGCCGCCGCAACCCUAGAGCUCCUCCAUCCCCUCCUCUCCCGGGCGCCUCCACCCCCCGCCUAGCGGCGCGAAGCGACCAUGACGUUCAAGCGGAGGAACGGCGGGCGCAACAAGCACGGCCGCGGCCACGUCAAGUACAUCCGCUGCUCCAACUGCGCCAAGUGCUGCCCCAAGGACAAGGCUAUCAAGCGUUUCUUGGUGAGGAACAUCGUGGAGCAGGCUGCUGUGAGAGAUGUGCAGGAGGCUUGUGUACAUGAUGGAUAUGUUCUUCCCAAGCUGUAUGCCAAGGUGCACCACUGCGUUUCCUGUGCCAUCCAUGCUCACAUUGUCCGUGUCCGCUCCCGUGAGAACAGGAGGAACCGGGAGCCCCCGCAGCGUUUCAGGCGCAGGGACGACGGCCCGAGGCCUGGACAGGGUGGCCCGCCCCGUGCCGGCGGCCCUGGUGCCCCUGGUGGUGCGCCUGCUGGCGCCGGUGCCGUUCCUGGUGCCCCUGGUGGUGCGCCUGCUGGCGCCGGUGCCGUUCCUGGUGCCCCUGCUCCCCGUGUCUAGUUUGGGAAUGCUUUGUCCGUGAUAUGCGCCAGCCCUAGUUUUACUCGUAUCUGGAUAUUGGACUAUUCUACCUAGUUUUUGCUGUAAUCGGUUGUACUGAAAGUUGGUUGGUCAAGCACAAUUUGUGAUCAGGUCUUUAAUGUUUUGACAAUUUCGCUGCUAUCUAUAUCGGAGAGAACCUUUUGGUU